UUUCUUAUCUAUUUCUUUUUUUACCAUGAAAGGUAAGAAGAGUUAUCAAUCCAGUAUAUGUAGUGCAAUCUUCGGUUCAAAGUGCUACUGGGAAUUUCGAAGCCGCCAAUCAAACAGUAGUGACCUUUUUCAGACGAUGUCCUGUAACAUCUCAGUUACUAUCUUUACAACAAGCGAUGCUUGGGGAUGAAAAAGGAGCAGCAGCGACACAAUUGGAAUUCUUACGUAAUCUAGGGAUUCCUGUUCCUAAGAUAAAGAAUUUCUAUCACUACACGAACAAAGAGGGCGCUACAGCUAUCGCAAGGUGUAAAAAGAUUAGCGCAUCUAGCGUCGAAGCCAGGGACGCAACAUAUGGAAGAGGCGUAUAUUUCACUUCCAUGGACCCUCGUCACUUCAGCAAGGAAGAAAUACGAGAAAACAACUACGGCAACAGCGCAGCGUUUCCUGACAGGACUGACUAUGUGGUUGAAGUAUGGAUGCCAUGGAAUCAUAUGCAUAGGACCCCUGAUACACGUGACAUCUACCUGUACGCAAACGAUGUGGAACUCGAACGAUAUACUUACAACAUUUUAAAGAUUUGACCAGCCCACCAGUCCACCAGCC